AUGUUCAGCCGAUUCGUCCGGCCGCAGAGCGCUUUGCGCGCGGCUUCCUCUUUCUCCGCCAAACCUACCUCCGCCUUCUCAGGUUUCCAGACCCGUUCCCUCCACCGCGUCCCUCAAUUGCAACACGAUGCCUACUACAAGGAGAACGGUGUGCCAGAGUUCCUCUCGCCCGAGGCAUUUGACUUCGCCUGGACCCAGUACCAGACCCUGCUCGUUGACAAGCUCAACCUGUUGACACAAGACACUGUCGACGCGGAUUCCAAACCCGGAGAAUUGCUGGUCAAGUACUCCCGGCGUCCGGAGAUGGCCUCGGUCUUCAACUAUGCCUCAAUGGCCCACAACAACCAUUUCUUCUUCAACUGCCUGUCCCCCACACCCACCCCCAUCCCCACAAAGUUUGCCCUGGACAUCGCAGACACCUCUUCCUCCAUUGAGUCCCUCAAGAUGGAUUUCCUCGCGACAGCAAGCUCCAUGUUCGGUCCGGGCUUUGUGUGGCUUGCCAAGAACCUCCAACGCGAAGGCAUGUUGCACAUCUUCUGCACAUACAGCGCCGGCUCGCCCUACCCAGCCGCCCACGCCCGCCGCCAGUCCCACGACAUGGCCACUUCCGAGCCCAGGGUCGCCGGAUACAUUGGCGGCCACUCCGAAAACGCGAGAAACCUUGCGCUUGGAGGCGUUGAUGUCCAGCCCAUUCUGUGCGUCAACACCUGGGAGCACGCUUGGAUGAUGGACUACGGUGUCGCCGGAAAGGACGAGUAUCUCGAGCGCUGGUGGGAUCGUGUUAACUGGGAUGUGGUUCAAGACAAUUACAAUGCCCAUGGCAAGAUGAAUUCGCGGACCACUUCGCGUAGGACUCAGGACUUGGGUAUGUUUUAA